AAAGCCAAAACCCAAAAUUCUUCAAAAUAUCUCUCUUCUUCUCACUGUUUAUCUUGUUCAAAGAAUAAAGACAAUUACCAAAAAAACAGCUCAGGGAAUUCAGGAGCUCUCCUCUCUCCUCUCUCUCUCUUACUCUCUCUCUCUCUCUGAUCCUUCUCCUUCACCUCCCUUUAUCUGUACCAGAUCCAUUUCUUAUUCUUUAUUCACAAUUUUUUUGGGGACCCAAUAAUCGCUUCAAUUGGAUCAGGUCAAGGUUCCUAAGAGGCGAUAUUCGUUUUGGAUCGCGGAUUUGCCGCUGUUGUUCAUUACUAAUGAUUCGGAAAUCGUGCUAAGAUGAAGAAAGUCUUUGAUCAAACUGUUAGGGACAUAAAGAGAGAGGUGAACAAGAAAGUGCUGAAAGUUCCUGGAAUAGAACAGAAGGUUCUUGAUGCUACAAGUAAUGAGCCCUGGGGUCCUCAUGGAUCACUUCUUGCUGACAUUGCACUGGCAACCCGAAACUAUCAUGAAUACCAGAUGAUCAUGUCCAUCAUUUGGAAGCGGCUAAGUGAUACUGGAAAGAACUGGAGGCAUGUUUACAAGGCUUUAAUUAUCUUGGAAUACAUGGUGGGUCAUGGGUCAGAGCGUGUCAUCGAUGAUAUCAAGGAGCAUGCGUAUCAAAUAUCGACAUUAUCCGAUUUUCAAUACAUUGAUUCCAGUGGAAGGGACCAGGGAAGUAAUGUCAGAAAGAAGUCUCAGAGUCUUGUGGCUCUUGUCAAUGACAAAGAAAGGAUAAUUGAGGUUAGACAGAAAGCAGCUGCUAACAGGGACAAGUUUCGUAAUACAUCAUCGACAGGUGGAAUGUAUAGGCCUGGUUCCCAUUCAAGUCUAGGAGGAUAUGGUGACAAAUAUGACGAUGAUCAUUACGAAGGCCGCUAUGGAGGCAGGGAUGAAGAUAGGAAUGGCUAUGGGAGGGAACGAGAAUGGGGCUAUAGGGAUGAUGACCGGUACAGUCGUGAUGGAGAUCGUUAUGGCAGAGAAUAUGAUGAACGCAACGGGAGGGAAGGUUACAGGGAUGAUGAUUAUCGAGGAAGAAGUCGAAGUGUUGAUGAUUACCGUCAUGGCUCUAGAAGUAGAAGCUCUGAUAGAGAGAGGGAGCGUUCAAUUGAUGAUGAUGGUCAUUAUUCCUCUCGUGUUAGUGGUGCUAAAACUGAUGACCAAUCUCAAGAUGGAAGGCUAAGCAGGAAAUUUUCUGAACAAAACAUUGGGGCUCCUUCUAGUUAUGAGGAGGUUGUAAGUGAAUCUCGAAGCCCUGUUCACAAUGAAAGGGGUGGUGAAACUCCAGCAGCUUCUGCUCCUAGAGCUUCUUCUCCACCUUCAAGCAAUAAUCCAAGCCAAGCAACCAGUGUUCAUGUUGCUUCUGCAUCGCCUUCGAAGCAGGAAGUGGAGCCUUCAGAUGAAUUUGAUCCACGUGGUUCAGUUUCAGGCGAUGCAUUUGGUUCAGUUUCAGCUGCCCAAGCUGCCCCAGCUGUCCAAGCAGCCCCGGUUACCUCAAACAAUGUUGAGAUGGACUUACUAGGUUCCCUUUCUGACUCAUUCUCUUCAAAUGCAUUGGCCAUUGUACCGACUACAUCUUCUACUGCUACAUUUGUAGCUGAUCCCCUUGUAAACUCUAGUUCUGCAACCACAUUUGCAGCAACUCCAUCAACGUCUAAUGUUAUGAAUCAGCCAUUUGAAGAUCCAUUCGGUGAUUCCCCUUUCAAAGCUCUACCUUCCAGUGAGGCGGUCCAACCUCAGCCACACACUUCCACGUCCACAGACUCUUUCACACCAACCAUGAACCAGAGUGUAGAUACAGCUUCCAACUUUCCCUUGGGGGAUUCAUUUUCUGCUGCAAGUUAUUCUUUAUCUGGUGUUUCCAGUGUUCAGACUCCAACAAACUCGCAAUUUGUGUCUCAAGAGCUCUCUACUGAACACAACAACAUGGAUAUUCUCGCUGAUAUUCUGCCACCUACCGGACCUUCACAGCAAUCCUUUUCAAGUCCAACAGGUCAGCAUCCACAGCCAAGUACUAAUAUGUAUGGAAAUUUUCAUGUGCAGCCAGGAUCUAUAGUCCCUGAUAAUCAAACUGGAUUUGCUGGACAACACAGUGGUGGGGGUUUUCCAUCACAGGGAGGGCCUACAGCUACCAUCACUUCACAUGGAGCUCCUCAAACUCCAACAGGACCUACUGCACAGUUUAACAAUGGAAGUUUCAUUUCACAAGAAGGUGGAUUUUCAGCUCCCUACAGCGGAAACUUCUUUUCACAACAGGGAGGUUACAUGCCUCUUCAUGCUCAUAAUGGACCGGCUGCACAGCUUAGUGGUGGGAACUUCCAUCCACAACAUGGUUCUGUCGGCUCGGUAGCUUCACAGGCCGCUCAUCAAGCUCCAUCUGGACGAGGUUCGCAACAUAACAGUGAUGUUCUGGGCAACGUUUUUUCACAAACAGGGCCAAACACCUCAAUGGGUUCCCUGCAACCACUGUCAUCUUCAACAGGGGCACUUGCUAUAGUUGCUCAACCACCUAAAGACAGCAAGUUUGAAACUAAGUCAGCAGUUUGGGCUGAUACGCUCAGCAGAGGCCUAGUUAAUUUAAAUAUAUCUGGAGCUAAAAUUAACCCAUUGAAUGAUAUUGGAAUUGAUUUUGAUUCCAUUAAUCGGAAGGAAAAGAGGAUGGAGAAGCAGCCGGCAACUCCUGCAACAUCUACUAUUAACAUGGGUAAAGCCAUGGGAUCUGGUUCUGGAAUUGGCCGUGCAGGUGCAAGUGUUCUUAGGGCGCCACCAAACGCUAUGGUGGGUUCUGGUAUGGGCGUGGGGAUGGGUCCUGGUCCGGGCAUGGGUAUGGGCCGCAGUCCUGGUGGAGGUAUGGGCAUGGGGGGGUAUGGUGGCACAAAUCAACCCAUGGAUAUGGGGACGAACAUGGGAAUGGGAAUGAAUAUGGGCUUGGGGAUGCAAAGGCAAACCAGAUUACCUCCUGGUUCAAACAUGCCUAGUGGUUAUAACCCCAUGAUGGGCGCAGGUGGUAAUCCUCAGCAGCCAUAUGGCGGCUACCGAUGAAAUUGACAAAAGUAAGGUUUUUACUAUUAAAUUCCAUCACAAUUCACAUCUAGACCAAUAUUUGGUAUAGAAGGUUGUAUUUUGAAACAAAAGUUGUGUAAUUUUGUGGCCGGCCCCAUGUGAUGUAAUUUUCCGUUCAUCGUCUUUGUAACCAUGCGUUUCUUAUGGGUCACAAGAGAGUGUUGUCUAGAGGUGCAUUGCCUAGCUGGUCUCAUCGUUUCUCUUCUUAUUAUCAGGUAUAUUCUUUUUGGCAGAUGGUGCAACAUUUAUAGCGAUGUUUGGCUACGGACACAAACCAAUAAGCGUUGAUUCAUUCUUCCAACUUUCUUAUA